AUGACGCAGGGCGACGAACUCAGCCUGAGCCGGUACAUGGACAUCUUUGCCACGGCAGAGAAGUUCAAGAACCCGAACCGGGUCGUCAAGAAGGUCAGAUACAAGGGAGCCCGGUUGGUUUUGAACGAGGAGUCGAGGCGGCUCAACCAGCUCCAGGAGGAGGAGAAGACCCUCCAUCCCGACCAGCCGCCCAAAGACAGAACAACGUACUUCUCCCUGGCGGCGCCUCCCUCUUUGAGACCUAUAAGAACCUACUGCGACAUCACCGGGUUGCCAACAAACUACAAGAGCCCGCACAACCAGAUCAGGUUCUACGACAAGGAGUGCUACGAAAUCGUCCGCUCGAUGCCUGCCGGCGUUGACCAGCAGUACCUCUCCUUGCGUGGGGCAAACGUCAUUCUAAAAUAA